CUCUCCCCAAUUUCUGCAUAGCUACAAAAAUAAGGUCUUCCCAUUCCCCUCUUAAUACUAUUCCCUCACUGAUCCCCUUCAUUUCAUCUCCUUUUUCGUAACAUUGCCCUUGGUUCGUAGUUUCAGCAGUUAUGGGUGUCAUCAAAAUCAGCCAUUCUUUUGCAACUCAGAUUACUCCGGACAGGAUGUUCAAGGCCUUGAUCAUGGACUCCCACAACAUCUGCCCCAAGCUCAUGUUCUCAUCCAUAAAGAGUAUUGAAUUUGUUGAAGGCCAAGGAGAGGCUGGGAGCAUCAAACAGAUCAAUUUCACUGAAGCAAGUCCUUUCAAAUAUGUGAGGCACAGGAUUGAUGCAAUUGAUGAGGAGAAGUUCACAUGCAAGCACACUUUGAUCGAAGGCGAUGCAUUAAUGGACAAGCUUGAAUAUGUUACCUAUGAGGUGAAGUUUGAGGGAUAUGGCAGAGGUGGAUGUAUCUGUAAGUUGAGCAGUGAAUAUAAAGCAAAAGAAGGUGUAGAGAUCAAAGAAGAGGAUAUUGAGCUUGGAAAGGACAGAGCCAUAGGGAUGUACGAAGUUGUGGAGGCCUACCUCUUGGCGCACCCUCGUGCCUAUACUUAAAACAAGUUAUGUAAUGAUUUUCGGCAUCUGGUUUUAAUGGAUGAUUGAUUCUAUCUGAGUGUAUGUAUGUCUUGCUUUCUUUCAAGAAAUUUUCUUUUUUGUUCUUUAAGAUUGUGCAAAAGAUAAUUAAUAUGUGAAUUUCCAUCGCCUUAUUGUUUGUGAUUACAAAUUUACAACUCAAUCUGUUAUAGAGUGAUUAAAAGUGUGUUCUAGCAGUCUCAACAACUUCAUUAAUCAACAUGAGCUGCGAGCUCAUUGACAUUUGUUUCAGUGGCAGUCUGUAUACUUGGACAAAUGGCAGAUCAGGCAAAGUCAACAUGAAAGAGUGACUAGAAAGAGUCAUUGCCUCAAUCCCAUCUGACUCAAUUUAAUUCCUAAAUUCUGCAGUAUCUCAUUUCCUAGCCACCCCUUCAGACUCCCAAAUACUGCUGGUGUUGAUCACUAUCUUCCCCUGGCCAAUUUAUUUGAGGAAUCUUCCUUUAAGGUGAUGUCGACAGCUUGGAAUCAACCUUUUGGUGGGUCCUCCUGUAUAUGCCAUAACAAAACAAGGAUGGGGAAUUCAAGCGAUGCAUAGCCAGCCUGUAUUUGCCCCACAAUCCAGGUCCAGCUAAAC